GAGGAGAAGAAAGUGAAGUUGGCGGUAAUUGAAUUCACUGAUUAUGCUAUUAUUUGGUGGGAUCAAUUAGUGACCAAUAGGAGGAAUUAUGAGAGGCCUAUAGAGACAUGGGGAGAGUUGAAAGCUCUCAUGAGGCGGAGAUUUGUUCCUAGCCAUUACUAUAGAGACCUUUACCAGAAAUUACAAAAUCUUACACAGGGGUCUAGGAGUGUAGAGGAUUACCAUAAGGAGAUGGAGGUGGCGAUGAUUCGGGCUAAUGUAGAGGAGGACCGAGAGGCCACCAUGGCUAGAUUUUUGAGUGGGUUAAAUAGGGACAUAGCCAAUGUAAUUGAAUUACAACAUUAUGUGGAGAUAGAGGACAUGGUGCACAUGGCUAUGAAAGUGGAGAGACAAUUAAAGAGAAAAGGGACAGCAAGGUACACUUUGGUUUCUAGCACUACUUGGAAAUCAAAAUGGGAUAGGAAUGAUCCAAGUGAAGCAAAGAGAAAGACCGAACCACCUAAGGGAAAAGAUGAGGGAACUAGCAACAAACCCAAGGUAGAAUCCCAACCUUCACGGAAUAGAGAUAUCAAAUGUUUUAAGUGUUUGGGUUUAGGGCACAUUGCUUCUCAAUGUCCAAAUAGGAGGGUGAUGAUUAUGCGUGACAAUGGAGAGGUGAUGACUGAGAGUGAGGAUGAUAGUGAUGAGGUGCCCGAGUUGGAUGAUGCUAGUGAUAAUGAUGGAGUGGUAUACCCCGUGACAGGUGAGUCUCUUGUUGCCAGGCGUGCUCUUAAUGCACACAUUAAGGUGGAUGAUGCAGAGCAACAGAGAGAGAACAUUUUCCAUACUAGAUGCCAUGUCAACAAUAAGGUAUGUAGUAUGAUCAUUGAUGGAGGGAGUUGUACUAAUGUGGAUAGCACUACUUUGGUUGAGAAAUUGAAUUUACCAACCUUAAAACACUCUAGACCAUACAAAUUGCAGUGGUUGAAUGAUUGUGGAGAGGUUAGGGUGGAUAAACAAGUGUUAGUUACUUUUUCUAUUGGGAAGUAUCAGGAUGAGGUGCUUUGUGAUGUUGUGCCUAUGCAUGCGGGCCAUAUUUUGUUGGGGAGGCCAUGGCAGUAUGAUAGGAGGGAGUUUGAGGAUGUAUUCCCGGAUGAGAUGCCAAAUGAGUUGCCACCCAUUAGAGGCAUUGAGCACCAGAUUGAUUUUGUGCCCGGGGCUGCUAUUCCAAACCGACCAGCCUAUAAGAGUAAUCCAGAGGAGACAAAGGAGCUUCAGAGGCAAGUUGAGGAUUUGAUGAGCAGGGGGUACGUGAGGGAGAGCAUGAGCCCUUGUGCUGUACCAGUGCUACUAGUGCCAAAGAAGGAUGGGACGUGGAGGUAUGUUGUUAGUACGAAGGGUAUUGAGGUGGAUGAAGAGAAAGUCAAGGCCAUCAAGGAGUGGCCAACGCCAAAAAGCAUCACUGAGGUAAGAAGCUUUCAUGGCUUAGCAAGCUUUUAUCGGCGUUUUGUUAAAGACUUCAGCACCAUUACUGCACCACUCACUAAGGUAAUUAAAAAUAAUGUUGGGUUUCAUUGGGGGGCUAAUCAAGAGAAUGCUUUUGCCACUAUUAAAGAAAGGUUAUGCUCUGCACCUGUGUUAGCAUUACCUGAUUUUAACAAAGCUUUUGAGAUUGAAUGUGAUGCCUCAGGAAUUGGGAUUGGAGCUGUUUUGAUGCAAGAUAGGCGUCCCAUAGCCUUCUUCAGUGAAAAGUUAAGUGGGGCAUCCCUGAACUACCCUACUUAUGACAAAGAGCUUUACGCUCUUGUUCGUGUAUUAGAGACUUGGCAGCACUACCUAUGGCCAAGGGAAUUUGUGAUCCACACCGAUCAUGAAUCAUUGAAGCAUCUCAAGGGUCAAGGUAAGUUGAAUAAAAGGCAUGCUAGAUGGAUGGAAUACAUUGAGACAUUUCCCUAUGUCAUCCGUUACAAGCAAGGUAAGGAGAACAUUGUUGCUGAUGCUCUAUCCCGGAGGUAUCAUGAUGGUUAUUUGUUUAAAGAAAGCAAACUUUGUCUGCCAAAUUGUUCUAUGCGUGAGUUAUUGGUGCGUGAGGCACAUGGUGGGGGAUUAAUGGGACACUUUGGUGUCAAGAAAACUUUAGACAUUUUGCAUGAACAUUUCGUUUGGCCUAAGAUGAAGAGAGAUGUUAACCGUAUUUGUGGAAGGUGCAUUACAUGUAGAAAGGCCAAAUCUAAGGUUUUGCCACAUGGGUUGUAUACACCCUUACCCGUUCCUAGUGAGCCAUGGGUAGACAUAUCUAUGGACUUUGUUUUGGGGCUGCCUAGGACCAAAAGGGGUAGAGAUUCUAUUUUUGUGGUUGUGGAUAGAUUCAGUAAGAUGACACAUUUCAUUCCAUGCCAUAAAACAGAUGAUGCAACCAACAUAGCUGACUUGUUUUUCCGGGAGAUAGUGCGACUCCAUGGUGUACCUAGGAGUAUUGUUUCUGAUAGGGAUGUUAAAUUCCUUAGCUACUUUUGGAAGGUGUUGUGGGGGAAAUUGGGUACUAAGCUCUUAUUUUCCACUACUUGUCAUCCGCAGACUCAUGGUCAGACUGAAGUAGUUAAUAGGACUUUAACUCAACUUUUACGCACUGUUGUUCAUAAGAAUUUAAAAACUUGGGAGGAUUGUUUGCCAUUUAUAGAGUUUGCAUAUAAUAGGACGAUGCAUACUACUACUUCAUACUCUCCUUUCGAAAUUGUUUAUGGAUUUAAUCCACUUACUCCUUUGGAUUUGAUGCCUUUACCUGUUGAUGACAGGAAUUGGGUUUGGGUUCACAUGCGCAAAGAAAGAUUCCCAGCCCAUAGAAGGACUAAGUUACAUCCUCGAGGAGAUGGACCUUUCCAAAUUCUUGAGAAAAUUAAUGACAAUGCAUAUAAAGUGGAUCUUCCAGGUGAGUAUAAAGUUUCUGCAACUUUUAAUGUUUCUGAUCUUUCUCCUUUUGAUGUAGGUGAAGAUUCGAGGUCGAAUCCCUUUGAGGAGAGGGGGAAUGAUAGGAACCAAGGUGGGCCUACUCUUAAAGAUCCUUUGCAAGUUCCAGAUGGGCCAAUUACAAGAUCAAGGGCCAAGAAGAUCAAGGAAGCAAUGCAAGGAUUGAUCCAGGUGGCUCCUCUCAAUGUUAAUGGGAAGGCUCGGCAGGUGACUUCCCUUGGGAAACCAUGCAGGGUCAUGUUGGCUUUUAACGUCUUCAGGUUCUCUAGUGGGUCUUUGGACCUGUCGUACAUUCCCAUCUAG